AUGAACUUGGUUAUCAUAUUCGUACUAUGGCUCUCCUUAUACGCUGUUCAUUGCCAUAUUCAACAUAACAAACGCAAAGACGAGCUAUCAGAAUUCAGCCUGCCCUCCUGUGGAAUUACACCUACGGUACCCAAGAAAAGACUGCGCAUUGCAUUCAUUUCGCAUGAAUCUGCUAUGGCCACUUUCUUUCAUAACCCAGAACAAGGUUCACGGGAUGCUGCAAACAUGGUCGAUGUCGAUAUUGAAUGGAACCGCUACUUGACUAUAUCAGAAUCCAAGAUGGCUCAGGACAUCUAUGAUGCAGGCAUCGACGGUAUUAUAGCAUCUAUACCCAACGACAGUGUGUUUAAAGCCAUACAAUAUGCGGUAUCAAAGCACAUACCUGUCAUCGUGUUCAACGCAGGCCUUGAUUAUGCACUCCAACUAGGCCUCACCCGAGUAUUGCAAGACGAUGUAGAAGCAGGGAAUUUAUUAGGCGAGAAACUCUACAAUGCCAACUUCUCGAAACCGUUGGCUGUGCAGCUGUCUUCCUUGGAUGAUGGUACUAGUGUGCGUCGAAGAUGGGGUAUCCAACAAGCCAUAGGACAAGCUCCUGCAUUACUAAAGAUCUAUGAAGAUGCCAAUGUCACUGCAGCUAGCACACCUGCGCAGUUUGUGCGCGAUGCUUUUCUUUCAAAUCCUGGUGCUUAUGAUUCGAUUGUAUCGCUGGGUGGAUCAUCAUGUGCAGACAUUGUUGCAGCGUCAGUGCUAGAUUUGAAACGUAACCUUGCUUUCACGAAUAUUGCAUCUGCGUUUUUUGAUAUUGGCGGUGAAAACGUAUCUGCUCUGUUUAGACUUGAAAACAAUACAUUUGCAGUGACACAAUUGCCGUAUUACCAAACUGCAUUGCCGGUGUUUUACAUGUAUAUCAGGCUGCUGACAGGGGAAGAUGUAUUCAAAAACCAAACCAUCAAAACUGGACCCAACCUGGUCACCAAUGCAACCCUGUCUUAUUUUCUGCAAAACGAGGCGAAUUCACUGAUAUCCAUCAACGACAAAUCUGGAUCGAUAGGCGCUCUUGUUCCGCAUACCCGAGGAGAUACAUACAAUGCUGCCAUGAUGGCAGGCGUCUCCCAUCUGGCACAGAAACUCAACUGGACAGUAUACAAUCCCAAGGAAGAGGGCUUGCUGAAUUCACCACAAGCCACGAAAAAAAACGUAGACUAUUUCCUCGACAAGGGAGUAGAUGGGAUACUCAUGCAAUCCAGCAACCAUCAGAUACUGACAUACGCUUCACAAGCCAUCAAUAGAGCAAAGACGCCCACCAGCGCUGUUGCAGUUGGCUCGUUCUUUGAACGAUACAACAGAACCUACCCGAACCUCUCCAAUGUAGCGCUGGAUAUAGUAGGACUAUCUAGAUCCAUUGCGCACAGAGUUGUUGCAGAUGGCAACAGUCGACCUGUGUGCAUCACAGAGCGGUCCAUUGACGUACAAAGUUCCUUUUGUCAGUAUUUUUAUGUAGCGUAUCAAGAGUUACACGGUAAUAACGCGCUUGUCAAGCAGGAACAAGUAGUGCAAUCGGUCAAUCUCUCUUAUCCAGGUGCUAUGGAAAAUGAAUUCAUGGCCAUACUGCGUCGACUGUAUGAAGAUGACGCCUAUGAGCCUGACAGCUACAUUGCGUUUUCAGAAUAUGUGUUUUCCAUCAUCAACAGUCGCAUCCUCAAGGGCUAUCUCAAGAACAGCGCCAUGUCUGUGUACACGGCGGGCGAACUGUUUGACCAGAAUCAAGCCUAUCUAGAGGGACGUGUCAAAGGGCUGUGGGCCACUAACAUGUUCUCCGUAGGCUUCAUGUCCUUGCUGCAUAUUGUGCUCAACAAAAUGAUUGAUAUUCCUUCUUGGAAAGGCGCAUUGAUAUCGAUACCGCGCAUCCAGAACAUCUGUGAUCCAGGCACCUAUCACUCCAACUUCACCACCACUGCAUACUGCCAAGACGCGAAUGGCAAUACACAGAAAUCAAUACAAUGUAUCCAAUGCCCUGAAAACAUGUACACUGACUUGCCUGACCAAUAUCAAUGCAGAGGAUGCGCGCAGGGCUACUAUUCAAUACCUGGUUCAUCUUCAUGCAGCUCCUGCUACGAUGGAUUUGAUAAUCAUACAAGCAGCGCUAUCAAGAGCACCUGCACCGCUUUCAUCAAUGACCAAGCUGCCCAAAAGCGACAACUGUACAUGCUAAUUUUUAUACCCAUUAUCACCGUCUUGUUUUUGAUUACACUGGCCUUCUUGGGCAGAUACUUGCGAAAACGAUGGUUGGCACAACGCACGCUAGGCAGUGAUGAGGAUUGGCUGCUUUCCUUUAACGAGCUUGUGAAGCCGUCUAUUUAUCGACUGGAGAGUAGUGGCAACAGGAAGAGUACGGUUCAAAAGUCAUUACUAUCGAGACCGGAAUUGCCUUUACAGAGAUCAAGUAGCAGUAUAACAACGCCUUUGAUGGUUGUAAAUGACUUGAACCCUGUAGAGAACGAACUUGUCCCAGCAGCAGCACCGGCAGCAGGAGAACAUGGUGGUGGUGGUACUGAUGAUGGUGUUAUUGCCAUCCCCAAGCAACAUCCGGCCCCGAUCAAGGAUACACCUCCGUCCCAUAAUUUGAGAUUUGACCCUGAUCUACAACAGCAUGUCAAUCAUAGCCAUCAUCAACAGGAAAAAGGAGAGAUUCAAGGAGUAGCAAAGAAGAAGAAGAAAAAGUUGUCUGAAUCAUCUACAUCCACCACAACAGCGUCCAUAGCAUCUUCCACCUCCGUAAUGGCUACAAUGGGCAUCGCAGGAGGAUCCUUGCUCAUUCACAAGAGCAACCAUCCAAGGUCAGGAGCAACUUUAGCAGCGCAGCAGCAGCACAACAAAGCUGACAGCAGAUCCAUCUCAGGAAAGCCUGAAUUUAUACGUGCCCUUGGAUCUCAUCGCAAUUUGCCAGUGUACAUUAAGCAGAUUGGAUUCAAAAAAGUGCGUGUGGAUAACGACUUGCGCAAAGAAGUGUCCUUGAUGAAGAACAUAAGACACUCUAAACUGACUGAGUUUAUUGGCUUGGUCCUGGAACCCCAGCGAACAUUCAUUGUAGAAGAAUACUGCUCAAAGGGGUCCUUAGCGGAUGUACUAGCCAACCCUGAUAUCGAUUUAGCAUGGAUCUUCCGAUUCGCUCUGAUUAACGAUUUAAUUAGUGGGAUGCGAUUUUUGCAUCGAUCGAAAUUUCAAUACCAUGGGUGCUUAACGUCAGAUUGCUGCAUGGUGACUGGAAGAUGGGAGCUCAAGAUUUCCAACUAUGGACUCAGGCAGCUAAAACAUUCGCAAGUGGUAGAUACCAUGGGCAGUUCUUCUACUGCCCUGAAAAGAAAUAACAGUUUAUUUCUAAAAGACGCUGCUCCCACAGAUGAAGUUGCACAUGUGUUGCGAUCGCCCGAGGCACUUUUAUGGUUGGCUCCUGAAUCCGUAGUUACAACAUCUUCCAAUGUCUACUUGGUCUAUCCCAGCAAACCAGCUGAUGUGUACAGUGCGGGUAUCAUCAUCAAUGAAAUCCUGACAAGAGAGAAACCCUACGCCAAUCAGCAAUCUUGCCCUGAGUCCACCUUUCAGCAAGUGUGCACUAUGAAUCUCAGGCCUCGAAUGCAACCACCGGGCAUAGACGACUUUACAGAGGGCAUGAACUCUAUCGUCUCGGACUGUCUGCAACAAAAUGCCUAUGCUCGUCCAUCGUUCACUUCAAUUGGGAGUCGAGUGGAAGAACUGGACCCUUAUUUCUAUGACUCAGAGUCCAUGAUUGAUAACAUGGCGAUGUUGCUCGAGAAAUACGCAACCAACAUGGAAAUUUUGGUAAAACAACGCACAGCAAACCUGCAACAACGAACAAUGGAGCUGGAGGAAGAAAGAGCAAGGACAGAAAAGUUGCUAAAGGAUUUAAAGAUGGCAAAAGAAGUAGCUGAAGCAGCUGCUGCCUCCAAGCAGAAUUUCCUAGCAAACAUGUCACAUGAGAUACGCACACCCAUGAAUGCAGUAAUUGGCAUGUCGAGAAGCUUGAUGGAGAGUGAAGAGCUGCCCAUAGAUUUAUAUGAUUGUGCUGAAACAAUCGAGUCUUCAGGCAAUCAUUUGAUGGCAUUGAUUGAUGAUAUUUUGGACUACUCCAAGAUUGAAUCAGGCAAACUAGCGCUGGAAAGAAGCAACUUGGAUUUGACGUAUGCCAUUGAAAGCGCCAUCAAGCUGAUUUCAGGCAACUACCUCAGUAAAGGCCUUGUAUUAUGGUAUACCAUUGCCCCUGAAUUACCAGUGCACGUACUAGGUGAUCUCGUGCGGCUCAGGCAGAUAUUACUCAACUUAUUGUCCAAUGCCUUCAAAUUUACAAAAGAAGGCUAUGUAUGUAUAUCAGUCAUGCCUUACCAACAGAGCGACGUAAGUCAACCCGAGAGUACUGUCGUCAAUGACGCUUCUACACCGCUUGGUAUCAGCCCUAAUCUCAGAGACGAUAAAUUUGAUCCCACUGCCAUGGUCACCUAUCUCUUUUCAGUCAAAGAUACAGGCAUUGGCAUACCUGCAGAAAAGACGAACAAGCUGUUCAAAUCCUUUUCGCAAGUGGACGCAUCUACAACACGAAAUUUUGGAGGGACAGGGCUUGGGUUGGCUAUCAGUAGAAAGCUGUGUAGGAUCAUGGGCGGCGACAUGUGGGUAGAAUCAGAGCCAGGAAAAGGCACUACCUUCUACUUUAAGGUGGAUUUACAAAAGCAAGAGGACUCCAUCACGUACGGUCAAGAGAACCAUCUACUAGAGCUGUCCACAGCUUGCCCUCGACCUCUGAUCAUAUCCGAGAAUGAGGCUAUUCAAGUGAAAUGGGUGGCUAUGCUGCACAACAUGGGCAUACCCAAAGCAACCUACAUGUCUAUCAGUCAAGCCGAGCGCCACUUCUCACAGGUCGAACACAAGCAGCCCAUGCUCUUUUCCAUCAUCAUCAUCGAUACCGAUUUCAGCACAAAAGAUGUCAAGUUUAGCAGCACCAAUGUACUAAAGACGUUAGAGACAUGCUACAGCCAUGUAAAGUUCAUUCCCACUUUGUGUGUCAUUGACAAUCGUUUAAAGAGGCCCAAUAGCGACGAUAAGGAGGAAAGUAUAUCUGAUUCAUGUAUCCAGCAUCCUGUGGGCUCGGUAGAUCCAAUACCCACGCCCAACGAUGAGAAAUCAGACCCCUUUGCUGCUGCCAAUGCGACACUAUCUCCACACAUUCAACAUCCAUCGCCACCUGCUUGUUUGCAUGCUACUAUCACAAAGCCCUUCAAAAACUCGCGACUCAUCAGCAUACUGCAUGAACUGCUCAACAGCACAGAGAAAUCACCUACAGGUAGAAGAAAAAGAGUGGCAUCUGUUGGAUCCAUCAGUCUAAGGUCCAUGCGCCGUAGCAGCACGCAGCGCCACUGCUCCAGUAGGAGAAGUCGCCCAACGAGUGGCCAAGCAAAAGACGCCAUGGAGAGCACUGCAUCAUCCGAGUCAGGAUCCUCUGACAAUCUGGCCAACAUCAAGACACUCGUCGUCGAUGACAACCCCAUCAACCUCAAGGUACUAUCCAGAAUGCUGAUACAAAUAGGCAUACAAUCACAAACAGCCAGCAAUGGACGAGAAGCAUGCGACAUGAUUGCCAAGGAUCCCUUUGAUCUGGUGUUUAUGGACAUCUGGAUGCCAGAAAUGAACGGUUUAGAAGCAGCUGAAAAGAUACGGCGCGAGAUGGCCACUUCUGCUGUCCAUCCGUACAUCAUUGCGCUGACGGCAUGUGUAAUGCCUGGUGAUAGAGACAAGUGCAUUGAAGCAGGCAUGAAUGGCUAUGUCAGCAAACCCAUUCGGAAAGAAGAGCUUGAGGCAUCGAUUCAUACUUUUACGCAGACUGUGUUGCGCAUGAGCGAUGAUGGUCUUUGA